AUUCAUUUUACAACACCCAAGUCUAUCCACUGCGCAUGCGCUAAGUCCUCCACCACGUGUACCUGGGAAGCCAUUCAAGUCAAUAAAGACAUCUCUGACAAGUAUUUUCAUCUCUCAUCACACUCAGUUCAUUGAUUAUGGCCGCGUUCAGAGCAUUCAGACCACUGAUGGACCGUGUUCUAGUGCAGAGAGUGGCUGCAGAGACAAAAACCAAGAGCGGGUUGUUCAUACCUGAGAAGGCACAGGACAAGGUCAACGUGGCCACCGUGAUAGCAAUAGGUCCGGGGAGGAUUGCAGAGGAUGGUGGCGAGCGCCCUGUGGUAGUCAAGGUGGGGGAGAAGGUCCUAGUACCAGAGUAUGGGGGGACAAAGGUCAACUUUGAAGAUACGGAUUAUAUGCUGUUCAGAGAUGGAGAUAUUCUGGGUGUCAUGGACAGUUAGCUCAUCAACACUAACUGUUUAUCUGACUCCAAUUUUCAUUGAUUUGAUUGAUUUUAAUUGAUAUUUUCUCACUAAAAAUCAUUUGUCAAUAUUAAUAAUUAUACGUUGAA